UGCGGUAACAUUGUUUGUAUGGCAAAGCAAAGUAAAAGAAAUUAGACGACUUGCAAGGCGCGCGUGAAAAGAAUUUGUGCGUUAAAAAGAAACUAAUUUUAAAGUGUAGAUGCUGAUGAAACCCACAGAAAAUAUCAUAGAAAUUGGCUAGAUCUUUUGGUGCGUCGGCUUUUUAUAAAUGUGGAUUGGAUCGCGGCGCGCAAAUCGCUGAAAAUACGCUAACAAACGGCAGCCUUGCGAAAACGAGAAAAAAAUUGGGCGCCUUUUGUGAAGAUUGUGUGCCGUCUGGCUGUGGCACAUUUAUUUCGCAGUCUCCGCUUUUCUUUACUGCCCAGCCAGCAGCCCAAAAAGUGAUACGCGCGCGGCUGACUUUGUGUAUGAGAAAUACAGAGGAAAUUUGUUUAAAAAAAAUUGUUGCAAUUAAAUAAAACACACAAAUAUGCCGAUUUGCAAGCGAGAAGGCUUCGAUCUGAAUCAAAUGGAGGACAAGAGUGAUACAUUCCACGAUAACGACUGGGUCUUCUGCUGCUACAUCACCAAUCGCAUUUUCCGCGACUACGAAAACUACUUCCGACACGUGAUGGCCAUCAACUCGACGGUGUGGCAGUGCGAGGCCACCGGCCGCGAGAACCUCACCUACGAGGAGGCCCUGAAGAGCGAGCGCGCCGCCCGCAAGAAGAUGGAACAGUUCAAACAGAGCCUGCGAGCGCCCGUCCUCCUGGUGGUGGAGCAUGCCCGCCAGUCGGCGAUGAAGACCCUCAACCUGAUGGUGGCCAAAUUCCUGCGCAAACGCUACUUCAUUAACGAGGAGGUGACCGUGGUCACCAAGAAGAACAUCUUCUAUGUGGUGGUGGCAAUAACGCCCGGCAAGGCCAAGCCCGUGCCCAGCACCGAGAUAUACGAGGACACGGAUGCCCUGCAGUACCGGCUGAAGGCGGUCAAGGGCGAUGCCAGCACAGAGAUCUCUGUGCCCUUCGAUCAUAUACGACGCAAGCGAUUGGAGUUCAACAUGGAGAACCUUGGGAUGUUCAUCAAGAACAAUGUCACCCGCGUCGACGGUAUCCUUCGCCCGAAGCCCGAGGCCUACAAACAGUACGUGACGGAUGCGGGCAUCAGCUUUGCGAGCAUCUUCAUUGGCAAAAUGCCCCGCUACUCGCCGUCGAAGAUAAGGCGACCCGAGGCCAAAGAGACAUCCUCCAAGAAGCAGUCCACCCUGAACAAGUACAUUGUGUCGGACGUGUCCGAGGAGUCGGUCGCCAAGGCCAAGGAGAAGGCCAAGCUGCUGGCCGAGGAAAUGGAGCGUGCGCGCCUGGAGAAGGCGGCCAAGCUGGCCGUCCUGGAGCGCGAGAAGGCCGAGAAGAAGGCCCAGCUGAUGGAGCGCGUGGAGUCCGAGUGCAACAGUCUGCUGACAAAGACGGACGACCUUGAGCGCUGCGAUCAGCGGGUGCUGCCACGCUACAAGCCGAUUGUGACGCUGCUGCCGGAGAAGCUACUGGGCGAUGCCUUCAUGAUGCGCGAGUUCAUGCACACAUAUGCGGGGCUGCUGUCGGGGGUGGAGGUGUUCCGACAGAAUCUCAGCUUCUAUGAGAUGACGCGAGCUCUAAGUGCCCGCGAGGUGGCUGGCCCACUAUCGGACAUAAUCCUGGUGCUGCUGGGCACCGUCUUCGAUCUGCAGAAGGAGGAGGAGGAUGACUGCGCGGUCAGCUACAUGCUCGGACGCUACACGGCGCCCAGUGAGCCGUACAUCAGCAUGAGCCAAGCCUCUCGCAGCCACUACUACUCCAAGCGACACUUCUCCUUCAAGAUCAACGAACUGCCGCUGGAUGCUCUGACGCUGAGCGAGGUGCUGCGCCUGCAUCUGCUCAGCUCCGGGGCCAUUGUCAACGAGAAGGCCGAGAAGUGGCGGAUCAUGUACCGCAAUGGCUACGCCUCGCGCGAAGAUCCCGGCCUGGAGUUGCGCCUCCAGCAUCCGCACAUCCUGCGCAGCCUCAAGAACUCGCCGGUAUAUCAGCUGAGCUUCAGCGACAUCAUGCGCGUUAUACGCUGCCUCAUGUCCCAGAUCCUCACGUACUCCGGGACCAUCAAUCUGAUCGAGGAGCGUAUGGAGCAGACGUACAAGGCCAAGGUGGAGCUGCGAACCCUCAUCCAGCUGGAGAAUCGACGCCUGGCCGCCCUCGAGAUGAGCAAACGCAAGCUGACGCACGAGCAUCAUCUGGCGUGCAGCGCGGAGGAGUUGAAGAACGAUCCCGCCAAGAUGCAGUCGCUGCUCGAGAAGCUAAACAAGGGCAUAGCGGAGCUGCACGCCAAGUCCGACACUCAGCAUCGCAAGCACGAGGCGCAGGUCCUCGCCCUGCACUCGCAGCUGUUCAAUUUCCUGGUAUUCCUCGGGAUGGAUCGCUGCUAUCGAAAGUACUAUGUGCUGGAGUCCAUGCCUGGCAUAUUUGUGGAGCAUUCGCCCGACAAUCUGGACACCUGUCUGGAUCAGCCGCCCCUGAACAAGCCCCAGUCGGAGAUAAGCAACCAGGCACAGCUGCCGAAGAACCGCAGGGAGUUGCGCAUCUAUCUGCUGAAGCUGUACGGCGAGGAAAAGUCGCGCAAACGGGCCAAGCAGUCGCUGGAGAACAAAGAGAACCAGGAGCACCGCAUCAAUGGCGACGCAGAGCCCAUGGAGGUGGCGGAGGUGGAGCCCCUCGAGGAUCCCACCCAGCACGAGCUGAUGAUGUGCAGCGGGGACCGACGCAACUGCAUUGUCCACGAUCACGAACAGCGCCAACGCUGGUCGUACAUCUACAAGGCCGAGGACAUCGACGAGCUCCUCAAGAGUCUCAAUCCUCUGGGGCAUCGUGAGUCUGGUCUCCUCGAGGAGAUCAGUGGCCUGCGCACGCUCAUCAAGCAGCAUGUGAGCACCUGUCCCGCGGAGAUGCUCACGCUGGAGAGCGACCAGCAGCGCAAUAAAUUCCUCAGCGCCAUGCACUCGGAGACGCGGAAGUACUGUGAGGCCAACUUUGGACUGCCUGAGGACACAAAUCUCAAUGAGGUGAUGCAGCUGCAUCUGGUGGAUCGCAUCCUGCAGUUCGAGAGGGACAUCUACACGGGGGACUUGGGGCGGUUGAAGGUGAAGGACAUGGAGAAGUGGCGCAACGAUCUUCUGAAGGGCAACUAUGAUCCACAGAUCAAGCUGCAGUGGGGUCCCGGUGGCAAGCUGGAGGAUCUGGCGGCUGCCGGCUCGGACCACGAAUCGCACGAGGACUACGAGGACGAGGAGAAGAGCGCCGUGCCCCUGGGCAAGUACGCCACGCAGCCGUAUCGGGAUCCGGGACAGUAUCUGGGCCCCGCAUCGAACGCGGAUGAGUCUGUGGAGAGUGCCGACGAGGAGGGGCUAGAGCCGCAGUCGGAGGCGGAGAUGGAGUCCUUGCAAGCUAAGGUACGAAACAUGGCCGGUGCCCUGCUGCAGGUGGAGCAGGCCAUUGGCCGGCGGUUCCUGAAACCGCCCUACGGCAUGAAGAAGUGGGAUCCCAAGCAGGAUGCCCUGAAGCAGGAGUGCGAGGCCCGACUGCAUCAGUGGGAGGUGUCCCUAAUGGAGAGCACCAGCUAUGCGCAGCUCUUUCUGCACUUCAACAUGCUGCACGACUGCAUCCAGUGGAUACGAUCGACGAACAAGUCCCUGUGCAAGGUCUGUCGGCGUGGCAGCGAUCCCGACAAGAUGCUCCUCUGCGACGAGUGCAAUGGCGGCACACACAUGUUCUGCAUGAAGCCCAAGAUGCGGUCCGUGCCCAAGGGCCAUUGGUAUUGCAACGAAUGCGUCAAGAAUCUGGGCCUGAAGAACGCCAACGACGAGAAGGAGAAGAAGACGGCGGCCCAGAGGAAGCGCAAGUUCAUUGUGGAAGAGGAGGAUGAAGAUGAUACCGAGGAGGAGGACGAGGAGGAGACAGAGGAGCAGGAGGAGGAGGAAGAGGAUGGCACAGACGGUAAAAGCGAAACGUCUACCCAUUCCUCCACCAACAAGCUCAAUGAGCGCCCCUCUCGUCGUCCCCGAGGGCGUCCCAGCAAGAAGAAGCGACUAGCAUCCAAAGAAAUUGAAGUAGCUAUCGUUGACCAUGAUGACGACGGUGAUGAGGCGACGGAGGAGAGCGAACCCUUGGGCAGUGAAGUUGGCGAUGAGGGUUCCGUGGUAACCAAAACUGGCGAGGAUGAGGACGUGGAAGAGAACGAAAAUGAAGAAGGCGAAGAAUCCGACGAUGACAAAGUGUGCCAGGUGUGCUUCUACGACGGCAGCGAGAUACGCUGUGUCCGCUGCAGCCUCUACUAUCAUCUGGAUUGUGCCCAAUUAAAGCGACAGCCGCGAGCGGAUUUCGUCUGCAAGAAGUGCAAGACAUCGGAGACGCAACGACCGAGACGCCGAAAUAGUCAUGUAAAUGGCCACGACGACGAUGAUGAUGAUCGGGUUGAACCUCCAGCCAAACGCUCGCGCUCCUCUCGCAACUCUCUGCGCAUCUCGCUGGACAAAUCCGCCCGCCACAGCGGCUCGAACAACAACAACAACAAUAGCAGCACCAACAACAAUAACCAUCAUCGCCGAAGCGGUCGUCGAAUGAAUGACAAUCUGCCGUUGAACAGCGCCGCCUUGUACGAUCUGCUGGAGCAGAUCAUGAAGCACAAGGCCUCUUGGCCCUUCCUGCGGCCAGUGUUGACAUCGGAGGUGCCCGACUACCAUCAGAUUAUCAAAACGCCGAUGGACUUGUCCAAGGUCAAGUCCAAGCUGAACAUGGGCGCCUAUCAGCUGAACGAGGAGGUACUCAGUGACAUACAGUUGGUGUUUCGUAACUGCGAUCUCUACAAUGUAGAAGGCAAUGAGAUAUACGAUGCUGGCUGUCAGCUGGAGAAGUUCGUAAUUGAACGAUGCAGGGACAUGCAGCUGCCCUUUAGGCCCAGUGACAUGAAUGACGAAGGAGUGGCCAUUUGCUGAGCAUCUCCGAUCUCCCCUAGCGAUCGUGUACAUUAUUCUUUUUAGCUUACACUUCAGGCAUACACACAACUAAAUAUACCAUAGCACAUUCAGUAGUUUAUACGAUAUCUCUGCGACAUUCUAGGCUUAAGCACGGACAAAACUUACUGCAGUCCUUAGUGUAGAUAAUAGCACAUAUGUCCUAUGUUUAAUAUACGCAUUUACGUUGAUCUAAGACUAUGGUAUAGCCCCCACUUUCACACAAGAUGCACACAUGCUAAGAGAUUUUUGGUUUGUUUUUUUUUUUUUUUUCGUUUUUGUUUUCUGAGACAAUUUGUAUUCUAGUUUAUUCGUAAAUUACACGGUUCCACAAUCAAUAAAUGAAGAAUAACAAAAAACUAAA